AUGACCAAAACUGAUAAACCGUUUAAAUGUCUGAAAUAUUUUUCGUACGGCUUAUGUAUCAUAUGUGUCGUUACGUUAAUUGUUGUACUGGUUUUACAAUCGCCCCGAUCUAGCGAUAGAUCAAAUGCACAAUAUUUUCUAUAUAUUUAUAUGCACAAGGAAACAUUUGCAACACUACUGAUAGCGUUCGGUGUGAUCGGUAUAGUCAUACAGUUUGUAGCCGUUUACGGUAUAUUCAAACAAAACUAUUGGUCACUAAUCGGCUACAGUAUUGUGGCCAGUAUACUGGCCGGACUGUGUCUGGGGGCAGCAUUUGUCGGCCAAAUUGGUUACAGCAAUCAGCUAACCGGCAGCUAUGCCGGUGCCUGGUUUCUGACUAUACUGUUGUUUGCCAGUUCGGGUACGGCCAGUCAACUGGCCAAACGUUUGCGCAAAUUGGCCAAAUCAACGAGUGUUGUCUACGUUGAUCCUAUGACCAAUGAAAAUGUUAUCUAUCCAGGAGUGGUACCCAGUGGUGGUGGUCGUAGUACAACAUAUCUAGUAUCGGGUGGUCAACAACAACCGGCACCGGGUAGUGAUAGCAGCACUAGUAAUCUAUCUAAUCAGCCAAUGGGCUCAUACGGACAGCCGUAUCAGCAGCAGCAGCGGCCGUCUCCUACUGGUGAUCCCUAUCAUCAGCCGUUUGCUGGAUAUCCCGGUUAUCCGACACCACCGGGUUUUCCCGCUUAUGGACAACAUACGGGAAUGUUAAUCAAUCCGGGGUCAAUUGGUCAACAAUAUGGAGGACCCGGGCCAUCAUCAUCAGCAUCGGGUUAUAUUGGAUGGCAUGGCUAUGGCUAUCCGCCGCCGCAUGUGAUGCCCAACGAAGCGCCGCCCAGUUAUGAACCGCCAGGUGUUUCGUCACCGCAUUAUAAUACAAACCCGACAAACAAUAGCCAUAACAACACCAAUGAUAAUACUAACCGAUCGGAGGAGGUGUUUGUACCCCCUGUUGUUGUUGUCUCAUCGGGUAAAACAAUGCCACCCGAACCUCAUUGGAGAUAA